GUCACUCCACGUCCCGGCACCAGAGGCAAGGGCCGCUACUCAGUGUCCUGGUGCCAAAAGCAAGGGCCAUCACUCCGGGUCCCUGAGAGUGAUUGGAAAAAGUUGUUUCCAAAACCAGCAUCGAUCGGAUCUGCUAAUAUAGUUUUCAGCUAUUCAGAAGCUAGACUACUAAUAUCGUUUCCAGCUAUUCAGAAGCUAGACUACUAAUAUCGUCUCCAGCUAUUCAGAAGCUAGGCUACUAAUAUCGUUUCCAGCUAUUCAGAAGCUAGCCUCCUAAUAUCGUUUCCAGCUAUUCAGAAGCUAGAAUGAUAUUUCUGAACAGACCAUGAAGCCAAAUAAAGCUGACCAAUUAGAUAGCGGCUAUUUAUAAACGCGACCUAAUUUCCCGGAGUGCAAUGACCUCAACCCAAGAGGGUGUUCGUGCCGUAUCAAACGUAUCCGACAGCCAAACAAUGUCGGAGCAUCGAGAAAAUUCCUCCAAAUCCCCGAACCGGAAAUCCAAACCGUCGGACAGCAAGCAAAUCAAAUCCACGGAAAACGAAAAACGGAACGCCGCCAACGUCGAGAAAAAACAACAAUCAACGACGAACACCAAAAACUCGGAUUCAAAACCCGAAAUCCGGAAAAAAUCCGAAACAAACCAUGAAAUCGACGCGAUUUUGGCGCGAAAAAUGAGCAGUACGGAUUUGAACAGCGGCGCACGAGCGAAGAAAAAAAUCUCCAUCAUCGCCGCCGUGGAGGAGGAUCCGGCGUGGCGCGAUAUAGGUGAGUACCAGGAGCUGAGGAGGACGAAGUGCAGACGACUCUACUCGAAACUAGGUCAGCACAAGGACCUGGCCUUGUUUUAUAGGUCAGGGACGUUUUAUGCGAUGGAGGCCUGGUGCUCUCAUAUGGGUGGGCCGCUGUUUGAAGGUGACAUUGAGGAGUACAAGGGCUCGUGUCACGUGAUGUGUCCCUGGCACGCGUACAUGUUCGACCUGGCCACGGGGAGCUCGGACAUCGGUCUGCGGCAACAAGUCUACCAGGUCAAGGUCGAAGACGGCCAUGUUUUUAUCGAGUACAUCUCACCACUCGCCCUCUACCCCUAUUUAUAGAACUAGGUCGUGUCAAAGGGGGGUCACCCAGACGAUACAGCCCCUUGGAAAAGGAAAUGAGUAGAGAACGGAAAAUAUGAUGGAUGAUUCUUUUAUGCCGACGGAAACACCAGAAGAAAAAAUU